CUUCCUGCAAAACCCUAGCAAAACCCUAAUCAACGCCCAAACCCCGAUUCUCUCUAAAGGAAGAAGAUGGCGUUGAACUUGAUGCUUCGCAGAUUAUCCUCCUCGGUCCGCCCUCUCGCUGUACGCGCCGUUGGAUCACCAAGAACCUUCCGCAGCGUAAUCUCCGCCGUUCUCAGUGUUGAAAAGGGCACUCUCAAUCGGAGCCAUUUUCUUCCCUUCCUACAGUUUUCUACCAAACCAAGCUCCGAUGAGAACCUCAUUCGAAUCCUCGAGUCAGAGAUUGACUGCGCUGAGAAACCUACCGGAGAAGAAAUCCCAGAUGGGUUUCCUUUCAAGAUUCAGGACAAUCCUGGAGAAAGGACCGCAUUACUUACAAGAGAGUAUCAGGAUGAAGUUAUCAAAGUGGAAGUUGACAUGCCUAAUCCUGAUCUUGGGGAGGAUGAAGAUGAGGGUAGCAAUGAAGAUGAGGCUAAUGAUCGGACAAGUAUUCCCUUGGUUGUCAAUAUAUCAAAAGGAAAUGGCAUGCACCUGGAAUUUGGUGUAACUGCCUUCCCUGAUGAGAUUACAAUUGAUAGCUUAUCAAUUAAGCAACCUGGAGAUUCUGAAGAUCAGCUUGCAUAUGAAGGGCCUGACUUCAAUGAUUUGGAUGAAAACCUGCGGAAGGCUUUCCAUAAAUAUCUAGAGAUAAGAGGGAUCAAACCUAGCUUAACAAACUUCUUGCAUGAGUACAUGAUCAACAAAGACAAUAGAGAAUACUUGCAGUGGUUGAAUAACCUCAAGAAAUUUGUUGAGAAGUAAUUGUAUGAACGAACGAGCCAUGAUUUUUUUCGUGGUUUGUUUACGAGUUUGUGCUCCAUCUACAUCUUUUUUAUGUGUUUUAGUAUUUAUCUUACUUUUCAAGCUAUUUUUAGCCGUGCUCGUACUGUUUUAGUUGAGAGAUUUAGGUGGGUUAAGAAUCCAACCCCAGGAAGCUUGAUAGGCUACAGGCAUUUCAAGACAUUUUGAUAAUCAGGAUGGAAGCACUUCUUUAUUACUUUAAUUGUCAGGACUUGUUAUCUUUUUUUUUUCGGUUAAGAUCUAUUGCUUCUUUAUUGUU